AUGCGGGGCCCCAGCACCGUUCUCUGCCUGCUCCUGGCUCUGCGCACCGCACUUAGCAGCAUGGAGGUGCGCUGGUGUACCACGUCAGAGCCUGAACAGCAGAAAUGCAGCGACAUGAGCCGAGCGUUCCAGGAGGCUGGUCUUCAGCCUCCACUCGCGUGCGUGCAGGGCGCCUCCGCCGACCACUGUGUCCAGCUCAUCGCGGCCGAGGAGGCCGACGCCAUCACGCUGGAUGGAGGGGCCAUCUAUGAGGCAGGGAAGGAGCACGGCCUGAAGCCCGUGGUGGGCGAAGUCUACGACCAAGACGUGGGCACCUCCUAUUACGCCGUGGCCGUGGUCAAGCGGGGCUCCAACCUGACCCUCAGCACCCUGAAAGGCGCCAGGUCCUGCCAUACGGGCAUCAACCGCACGGUGGGAUGGAACGUGCCCGUGGGCUUCCUUGUGGACAGUGGCCACCUCUCAGUGAUGGGCUGCGACGUGCUCAAAGCGGUCAGCGAGUACUUCGGGGGCAGCUGCGUGCCGGGGGCCGGCGAGAGCGUCUACGCGGGCAGCCUGUGCCGCCUGUGCCGGGGCGACGCGGCCGGGGAGGGCGUGUGCGCCCCGAGCCCGCUGGAGCGCUACUACGACUACAGCGGGGCCUUCAGGUGCCUGGCAGAAGGGGCGGGGGAUGUGGCCUUUGUGAAGCACAGCACAGUGCUGGAGAACACCGACGGGAAAACCCUGCCGUCGUGGGGCCAGGAGCUGUUCUCCCAGGACUUCGAGCUGCUGUGCCGGGACGGAGGCCGGGCUGAGGUCACCGAAUGGAGGCGCUGCCACCUGGCGCGUGUGCCUGCCCAUGCCGUGGUGGUCCGGGCCCACACCGACGGGGGCCUCAUCUUCCAGCUGCUCAAUGAGGGCCAGCGCCUGUUCGGCCACGAGGGAAGCAGCUUCCAGAUGUUCAGCUCCGAGGCCUACGGCCAGAAGAACCUGCUAUUCAAGGACGCCACCUCGGAGCUGGUGCCCAUCGCCACCCAGACCUACGAGGCGUGGCUGGGCCGCGAGUACGAGCACGCCAUGAAGGGCCUCCUCUGCGACCCCAACCGGCUGCCCCGGGACCUGCGCUGGUGCGUGCUGUCCACCCCCGAGAUCCAGAAGUGCGGAGACAUGGCCGUGGCCUUCGGCAGGCAGAGGCUCACGCCCGAGAUCCAGUGCGUGUCGGCCGAGUCCCCCCGCCACUGCAUGCAGCAGAUUCAGGACGGCCAGGCGGAUGCAGUGACGCUGAGCGGUGGGGACGUUUACACGGCGGGGAAGACCUAUGGCCUGGUGCCGGCGGCCGGGGAGCGCUAUGCACCCGAGGACAGCAGCAGCUCGUACUUCGCCGUGGCCGUGGUGAGGCGCAACAGCUCCGAUGCCUUCAGCCUGGACGAGCUGCGCGGCCGCCGCUCCUGCCACUCGGGCUUUGGCAGCCUGGCCGGCUGGGCCGUCCCGGUGGGCGCCCUGACGCACAAGGGCUUCCUCCGGCCCAAGGACUGCGACGUGCCCACAGCCGUGAGCGAGUUCUUCGCCGCCAGCUGCGUGCCCGUGAACAACCCGGCCGCCGACUUCCCCGCCUCGCUGUGCGCGCUGUGCGUGGGCGACGAGCAGGGCCGCAACAAGUGUGCGGGCAGCAGCCAGGAGCGCUACUACGGGGACAGCGGGGCCUUCAGGUGCCUGGUGGAGAACGCGGGGGACGUGGCCUUCGUCAAGCACACGACGGUCUUCGACAACACGGACGGCCACAACCCUGAGCCUUGGGCUGCCAAGCUGAGGGCCGAGAACUAUGAGCUGCUGUGUCCCAAUGGAGCACGGGCCGAGGUGUUCCAGUUCUCAGACUGCAACCUGGCCCAGAUUCCGGCCCACGCCAUCAUGGUCCGGCCCGACACCAACAUCUUCACUGUGUACGGCCUGCUGGACAAGGCCCAGGCCCUGUUCGGAGAUGACCACAACGAGAAUGGCUUCAAAAUGUUCGACUCCUCCAGCUACCACGGCCGCGACCUCCUCUUCAAGGAUGCCACGGUACAGGUGGUGCCAGUCGGGGAGAAAACCACGUACGGGGACUGGCUGGGUCGCGACUACAUAGCUGCCUUGGAGGGGAUGCUCUCUCAACAGUGCUCUGACACAGCCGUCACCGCCUCGGGGGUCUCCCUGCUCCUGCUGCUUCCACUGUCCCUCUCGGCCCACCUGCUCCAGCCCUGGCUCUGAGGCACCCCGGAAAGGAGCCCCCCUCAGAGA